ACGACCAUGCAGAGGAAGAUCCUGGUUGUCGAGGCGGUGGUGGUCGUGAUGCUGUCGCUCACGGUUUCCAUGGCAACCUCUUACAAGGUGGGGUUUGGGGGGUGUCCCCCUGUCAACCCCAUGAACAAUUUCCAACCUGCUGAGUUCCAGGGACUGUGGUACGCGAUUGAGAUGUUCAGCACGAACAGCAAGUGUGUUACUUUGAACUUUAACCGCCUGGGCAAGAACGACUUCAAGGUCACGGAAGGCAGGGAGUUCGUGGCCGCUCAAGUCGUCGGGAUUGACCACUCCUUCAAGACCAAGGGCAUUUACAACUCGAGGGCGCCGCACGAACCCGCCAAGUUCCACGCCAGGUGGUCCAAUAACAUCUUCGGAGCAGCAGAGGCCAUCAUCGUAGACACGGACUAUUGGCAGUACGCUGUCAUCGUGGAGUGUCAGUCCGUCAUGUACUUUAUGAAGCGAACGUCCGCCAUGAUCCUCAGCCGCAGGAGGGACCUCGAUCUGCGCGUCCUCAACCAGGUAAAGCGAGAUCUCUGCGACGGGUAUGGCUUCGACUGCAAGGACUUUGAGACAAUCGACCACAACCGCUGCGUGAGCACCCAGCGUGAGCCCGAGAGGAAGGACGUCGCGAGGGCCAGUCCCCUCAACAAGCCGAAGCCCUUGAGGAAGUUCCCGAUGCCCGAGGUGAUCAGGACGACGCCCUCGACGAAGAUCAAGCCACGCACCUUCCGCCCGGUCACGCAGAAGCCGACGACGGUCCCGACCACCCCCAGGGUCUAUGGAAAGCUGCAGAAGUGGUGCCUCGACUUCUUCUGCUAAAGGUCGGGUGGGGGUUAGCAGAAAUGGUGCCUGGAAUUCUGCUGAACGACAUAUGCGGUCUAGAAGAAUUGGGGUCUGGAUUUCUGCUGGACGUCACAUAGGGUCUAGCAGCAGAUGCGACCAAAUUUCUGCUAGGGAUUAAAUUCUAGCAGAAAUGGUGCCUGGAUUAUCUGGUGGGCAUUGAAUGGGAUUUAGCAGAAGUAGCACGAUGACUUUGCUAAAUUCUGAGUAAAGUAUAGCACUAAUGAUGCCAAGACUUCUAGUAGACGCCACGCAGGGUCGAGCAAAACCGGUGCAUGGACUUCUGCUGGGCGUCGGAAAGGGUCACGCGGCGAGGCCCCUGUUGGUUCCUGCAGGAGCGGCGCCGAUCUGGAAUGUAUUAUAUCAUCUCGUUGCUGCAGAUAACAAGUGAAGUCUGUACUACGCUUGCAUUAACUGGGCAGGAUUUUCAAGUUUUUUUUUUAUUGCUGAAAAGGUGUUUCAUCGAAAGCAGCGCCUAAUUACAGAUUACGACCACAGAUAGAAAAUAGAAACCUAUGCUAUUAAGAACCAAUCAGCUAUAACAAUAGCACGUGUUGAGGAAGGGGGCGUGGCUACAAGUUAUUGUGAAAGCAGAAUAGUUUAUCAAGGUGAUGUAGUUACCAAAGGCCUCCAGAUCGUUAAACAAAGUUCCAAUAAAUUCUAAAACCACGUAUACCUUAAUUAAGUCACAGAGGCGUUUGGAAAUGUCAUUAAUCAGGGUCCUUUAACAUCAGGUCGUAAUUUGGUGACAUUAACUAUUGUGGGAUAUGUCUCCUGCAAGACACAAUGAUGGGUCUUAGUAUUUUAAGGAAGCAUUAUAUUACCAUUAGGUUUAUUGCAUGUGUCACGUCAAGUAGGCAUGAUAGGUGCGAUAUAUAUGACAUAUAUUUUAUAUAUCACAUAGACGUAAGCACAAUGUGUGUGUUUUUUAUCGCAUGUAUCGGAAAAUGAUGAACACAGGCACAUAAUAUGAAUAAACAGACAAACAGACACCUAUGCGCCCACACACACACACACACACACACACCCACACACACAAACACAUACACACACAAACACCCACACACACAAACACAUACACACACAAACACCCACACACACAAACACCCACACACACAAACACAUACACUCCCGCACACACAAAGUAAUAUAUAUUAGCAACGGUUAUCGUUUUUAUACGGAAACAACGUAUAUUUCUGAUUCCACUAUUCACCAGUUUUGAUAUACUGUAUUUCAUUACAUACUGUGUUUCUGAAACACUUUGCUUCUGCUAAUAAA